AUCAUUUGACGUCUGGCGCCUCCGACCAUAAAGCGGUGGAUGAAUCUAAAGACCUGCGAGGAGGCGUGAGCGGAAAGACACAUUCCUCCAGCUGCCUCGGCUCCUCUUCCUCCCCGGGUCGACCCACCGAGCGGCGGAACCAGAGACCUGCGAGGCUGCGGCGCCGGUUCGACUUCUGGGUCUGUUCAGAACAGCAAGUUAAUUGUGGCAUGACGACGACUAACAAAGGAAAUAAAGCCUUGAAGGUGAAGCGUGAGCCGGGGGAGAAUGGCACCAGCCUCACAGACGAUGAGCUGGUGACCAUGUCGGUGCGGGAGCUGAACCAGCACCUCCGGGGUCUCACCAAAGACGAGAUCCUGCAGCUGAAACAGCGGCGACGCACCCUGAAGAACCGGGGCUACGCCGCCAGCUGCCGGGUGAAGCGGGUCACCCAGAAGGAGGAGUUGGAGAAGCAGAAGGACCAGCUGCAGGAGGAGGUGGACAAACUGGCCAACGAGAAUGCCUCCAUGCGCGUUGAGCUGGACGCUCUGAGGUCCAAGUAUGAGGCCUUGCAGACCUUCGCAAGGACUGUGGCACGGAGCCCUAAUGUCGGGGUCGGGGUCAGGGCCGGAGGGGGCGGAGGAGGGAUGGCGUCAUCAGUCAUGGGUCCGCUCAUACCGGGGAAGGUGGCAACAGGGACGAGUGUAAUCACAAUAGUAAAGUCAAAAACAGAUGCACGGUCUUGAGGGAGGGAAAGAUAGAUGAGGGUGUGUCGGGAUGGAGCUCAGCUGCAUCCCAGUAAUUCUUCUUCUCUGUCGUCCCCCUCUCCCCCCCCCACCCCUGCAUUGACUCCAAAACAGCUGGGCAAUCUCCAUCACUUCGCCUCAGUACGUCUCAGAUCAGUGCAGAUGAAGGAAAGGAGGGAGGCAGAGGACGGUUAUUGAGACUACACAGAUGCAAGGCCCUUGGUCGGCGAAAGAUAAUUUAGCACAGCACAGAUAGACAGGGUUCCUAUGGUCACUGAAAACCUGGUACAGUCAGGGAAUCUGAGAAUUUAAUGUGGGGAAAAAACAAAACCCCCCAAUUUCUAUGGAAAAAUCAUGCAAUUUUUCUUCAUCUUCCAUUUAAACCAUGCAAAUGUUCAGUGUCAGGUUUUACUGGUGGUGGAUCUAAAUAUCUGUAAAUGCAGAAUCAUCCUGUCACACAUUUGCACACUAGAUCUUAAUACGAGAUUUAAAUCAGCUACACAAACAAACAUAUUCUAAAACCACAUGUUCCCUGACCUCCAAAAGAAUAACCAAGAUUUCGUGUGACCUGCGGAUUUCAGUGGCUGCAGAGACGUUCCAUCUUGCUCUACCUAGCCAAGAACUUUUUUCAGAAUAAGUACUAUAGUAAAAUAUAUAUUACACAAUGGUGGUAACUGUAUUUCUACUGUUUUUGUACUGUGUUGUCAUUCACAUGAGGUCCAAAGUGUAUUCUCUGUGUGUGAAUUGUUAUAUAUCAGGAAUUCUGUGAAAUUCUGUGACGCGUGUUCGUUUUGGUAUCGCUAUAUUUAGUUAGCUGUAUUUUUUCUACGGUCUCUUCACUUUCUAUAUGUCCGACUCUCUUUCUCUCGCUCUCUCUUUUAUCUCUGUUAUUUCUCUGUCCUUCCAUUUUAUUUGAAAUUCCGACUGGUUUACGUACAGUAUUUCCUGGAUUUAUCUGAAAGAGGAGAGACAAGACAAUAGAUAAAUAGAUAUUUACCAAAAAAUAGGAAAAAGCAACAUACUGUAGAAAGAGGGCGACGACGGUAUUACAAGUCUCAGUUUGUAAGAGUUUGUAGGAAAAUGGUUGUUUAAGAUAAACUUGGAUGAAGAUGAUUUCCUCUCAGAACAGUUGGGAUAUUUAGACGGGCAAGUGCGUUGGUCUCCUAAUGAUAUGCAUCAAGAUGAAGUCAAGAGGACAUGAGAAACUGUGGAAGGACGAUGGAGAUUGAGGGGAGAUGGUUGCUUAUACCUGCGCUUGUUGGGACAUACUGACCAAUCAGGACUCAGUUAACAUUUGACAUUCGCCAAGCGUUGUUAUAUGAGCUGUGUCAUAGCCAUCGGGAUUAAUAAUAAUAAUAAUAACAGCCAUUUAUGUGAUUUGGAAGUUCAAUUACUUACCUAGGAGUCUAUGUUUAUCUAGAUUUUAUUGCACACUUUUUGGAAAGGUUAUAUUCUGUGAUUAGGGAGAACCCAUAUCUGUUUGAUGUUAAUUUGUUCUUGUGUUUUACGAAUAUGAAUAUAAAAUCUAGGUUAUUACGCCUACAGCAAUGUGAUUACGGUCUAUGCUGCAUCCCUCUCGCUUUUAACCACAAAGCUCAUUCUGCAAGAGCAACAUGUGAUUACUGACGGUGCAGCAGGAUAAAAAAAAAAAGGUAUUUCUCUGAACUUCCAGUCACACAAAUGAGCUGCAUCUCACACAAGCUUUGCCAUAAAAGUUGUCCUAUGUGGUGUUCUAUACUCUAUAAAAAAUCAUUGUCUAUGUAUGGUAGAGUCUGGAGUUUUAUAAAGACAAAUUAUCUUUGCAUUGUUUGUAACGACCUGUUUAAAAAAAAAAGGUAUAGCGAAAUCUGUUUGAUAUACAGUAUCUCUCUAUUUUGCAAUUGUACCAAAAGUGGCUUAACUACUGAAUAGCUUUGUUUCUUCUCUAGUGACUAGGCACGUGUGUGUAACCGUGAACUAGCGUGUGGUGUGUGCUGUGUAGGUAUGUGACGAGGUAACUAUGAUGUUCGCUAUUUCUUGGAUAAGACUUUCAAUCUUUGUUUGAUUUCCGGGCCGAAGUGGGUGAUGACACCGUUGGUAACUGCACUCUUUACUCUAAUCAUGAAAUCUUUGUCCUCCUGGCCAUGUUAUCCAGCACUGCAGUCGGGUUUCAUCUGUUGUUAAUCUGCUCGUGGUCUGAAGCUGUUAUUUGUUAAUUUUAGGAAAUGAUCCCCCCCCCCCGUGUUUCUGGACAGGCCUUUGUGGCGCUGAUUUGGUUAUUGCAGUGUUCAACGCUCAUAAUCGCUAAUAACAUGACCAAUUAUUGGUUUACCUCACAAGCUUCAGAACAUGUGUAUUCAGGAUAUCUGAUAACAGACAUGUUAAACAUGGAGUCUGUGCAUCACCCUUUCUCUUUCACUAAGUUGUUUUUUGUAGUGUGUGAUCAAGGUAUUUGUUUUUGCUGUGUACAUUUAUAUAGUUAUCGAUAUUUAUUGUUGUUCUUGUUUUGUUUGCUUUUGAACUGUUGUUACGUGUCAGGGAAGUGAAAUAAGAUUUGUUAUUAUAUUUAGUGUUUUAUGAAGCAAAGAAAAUCUAUUCUGCCAUUUAACCUGUGAAAGAGUGAGGUUUACCAUCAUGAAGUAUGAUUGCCUCAAAAACAUUUUUUUCAACGUAGGAACCCAGAUUUAAAUUGAGUCAUUUACUGUACGAGAAGCAAUUUACAAUGUCAUAAAAAACAUAACAUCCA